AUCGGAAUUCCCCAGGUGAGCAUUGAAUCCUACAAAUUGUGGGUAAAAUCGUCUUUUUCGCAUGUGAAAAGAUUUAUUUUGUUUCGGCAUUUGGGGGGAUCUGUGUGUCAAUCGAGGUCAAUCUGUUGCUUUGCCACGUUCCCCCAAAAAGAAGUUUUGUCCCUCCACCACGCCCUCCACACCGGUCGGAUUGACUCAACUUAACACGGAAGUGCAAGAAAGGAAGAAGUUUUCCCCGCAUUAACCAUGAAGUUCUUCAUGCUCCUGGGAGUCCUGGCGGCUCUUGUGUGUACAAUUCACGGCGAAGAACCAAAGGAGGAGGAAGGUGUGCUCGUGCUCACGAAAGACAACUUCAAGGAUGUCACCACCAACAAUGACUACGUUCUAGUUGAAUUCUAUGCUCCUUGGUGCGGACAUUGCAAAGCGCUGGCGCCUGAAUAUGCUAAAGCCGCCAAGACAUUGUCUGAGCGUGAGUCGAACAUUAAAUUGGCAAAGGUAGAUGCCACGCAAGAGAGUGAAUUGGCCGAAGAGCACGGUGUCCGUGGGUAUCCAACACUCAAAUUCUUCCGCAAGGGUAGCAUUAUUGACUACACGGGUGGUCGUCAAGCUGAUGACAUUAUCACGUGGUUGACGAAGAAGACUGGACCACCAGCCCUUGAGUUGGAGACCGUUGAAGCUGCUGAGAAGUUCCUCGAGGAGAAUCAAGUGGCCGUUGUGGGCUUCUUCAAGGAUCGCGAAUCCGAUGCUGCAAAGAAUUUCCUCGCUGUUGCCAAUGGUGUGGAUGAGUAUCCAUUUGGUAUUACCAACAAUGAGGAUGUGUACAAGAAGUACGAAGCAAAAUGCGGGUCAGUUGUGCUCUUCAAGAAAUUCGACGAGGGUAAGGCUGUGUAUGAAGGUGAAACGGACGAGGAUGCAUUGAAGAAGUUCAUCCUUAGUGAAUCAAUGCCACUCGUUGUGGAAUUCAAUCAUGACUCCGCUCAACGUAUCUUUGGUGGUGAAAUCAAGAAUCAUCUGCUGUUCUUCCUGUCCAAGGAUGCUGGAGAAUUCGAAAAGUAUGCCGUACCCGUGAAGGAUAUUGCCAAGGACUUCCGUGAAAAGGUCCUGUUUGUUUCCAUCAAUUCUGACGAUGAGGAUCAUCAGAGGAUCCUUGAGUUCUUCGGCAUGAAGAAGGAUGAAGUUCCCGGGAUGCGUCUUAUUCAUUUGGAAGAGGAUAUGGCCAAAUACAAGCCAGAGAAGAAUGAUCUUUCUCCUGAAUUUGUCAAACAAUUCGUUCAGGACUUCCUCGAUGGGAAAUUGAAGCAGCAUCUCCUGAGUCAAGAUAUCCCUGAGGAUUGGGAUAAGGAGCCCGUUAAGGUGCUCGUAUCAAAGAACUUUGAUCAAGUUGCCUUUGACAAGGAUAAGGAUGUUCUUGUUGAAUUCUAUGCUCCAUGGUGCGGACAUUGCAAACAGUUGGCUCCAAUUUACGACCAACUCGGUGAGAAGUUCAAGGAUAAUGAUAAGAUUGUCAUUGCCAAGAUGGAUGCCACAGCUAAUGAGCUAGAACAUACAAAGAUCACUUCCUUCCCAACACUCAAAUUGUACAAGAAGGGUGACAAUAGCGUUGUGAACUACGAAGGGGAACGAACUCUCGAUGCUAUGGCGAAAUUCAUGGAAUCCGGCGGUGAGACUCCAUCUACGACCGAAGAUGAUGAAGAUGCAAAGGUGGACGAACCAACGGUGGAGAAGGAUGAAUUGUAAACAGACACAAAACACACACACUUCCGAAUGCGCGCGAGUGGAGAGGGAUGAUAUUUUGUGUGAAUGUGCGAAUUAAGAAACAAAAAAAAUCAUUUAAAAAAAACAAAACGUAGACUUAACGUGUGAAAGUGAAGAGGAUAAUAUCUUCCCAUGAAAUCCCUGAAAAUUAAGAAAUUUAUCCCACUCGCGGAACCUCUUUCCCUUCACCAUGUUCCUUCUUUUUUUUUUAAUUGCUCUCCACCCUCCCAAUUAUCUUGAUUCUACUCUAAAUAUUAAUUACAUUCAUAAUAAUAUAUUUGUUGUAAGUCUUUUUGCAUGAAACGAGGAAAAAAAAACACAAAAACCAUUAUAAGCUAUGAAAGAAAAACUUAGAAAUUUUAUAGAGAGAGAAAAAAGAUAUAAUUUGUAAUAACAGCGCAAUGUUGGAGACUGCUAAAUGAAGGUGCAACAACAAAAGGAAAAAAACGAUUGAAGGGUGAAAGAGGGAUCUCUUCUUACUACCUAUAUUUUUUUAACAAUUAAAAAAAAAAACAUUUUCAUUUAAAAAUCGCUAUCUUGGCAGUUUUUUUCGCGUGGGAAAUUCUUUGCAGGAAACUCCUUUAUUUUUGCAAGGAGUUUGCAGUGAAGAAUGCCUAUUUUUGGAAUCAAUUUAUUGUGUAUUAAAAAAAAAAGAAAGAAAAUAUUAAGUGUUACUAACAUUCCUUCACUGCAGAGUACUUUUUUUUGAUAUUCUUAACUUAUUUUCUUUGAAACGAGGAUCGUACAGAAGGGGGUAGUCUUGUUAGAGAAGGGACUGCACCCCUCUGGCAUACAGAAUGGAAGCACAAGCUAGAAAUGUCUAAAGAGAAAUAAAAGGAAAAAAAAGGUCUGUAAGCGAUAAAUAAUGCAUUUGUAAUGAAGAUGAAUAAAGAAACAAAUGGGAAAGAGUUUUAAAAAAAA